UCUUGACAUGCCACAGUAUGUUCCCUCUUCAACCCUGGAUACAGUUCAAAAGCAGCUAAAGCGGACAAGAAUCUGGGGCAGCCAGGCUUGUACCACCUCCCAAAGCUUGGCAUAAAUAAUCUGAGAGCCCCAAAUUGCACAUACUGGCAUGAGGCUUGCCCAACUUGUGGAAAACCUCUUGUGGGCAAAAGCUCUAGAAUUAACCUCGUUUACCCAAUACUCGAAGACUCUCUACCUUCAGGGUAAAAACCUGCCCUGGAAGUUUACUGUGAAGAGAGGAGGAGAGGAGCACAGCUUGGACUUUCUCUGAAGCAGGCAGUUCUCAGAAGGAUCUGAGUCAUGGCACAUGCCCAUUUUAUUCUCCCCAAUUUGCCAAUUCCCUGAGUCAUUCAUCCUCAGGGAGGUAGAGAGUUAUGAAGGUGGAAGAAGAGAAGGCUGGGGUUGGGAAGCUGGAUCCUGCUAACUACAGGAGGAGAUGUCAGGAUCCAGAAGACUGCCGUUCUAUCCACAUUGGGCUUUCAGUCCCCAGUUACCCUCAAAGGAAAAGAGACCAGCAGGGACGACUUUCAGGCCUUCAAAAGGUCUGCUGGGGUUUGCAGCCAGACAAGCCACAGCAGGAACUGCCUGGAGUGGGGAGCAGGGGAAGCAGCCGGGACAGCCAUGUGGAUCACGUCAGCAGGAUCCGGUCUCCAGCUGCUGAGCAGCUCCAGGACAUCCUGGGGGAGGAAGAUGAGGCUCCCAACCCCACCCUCUUCACAGAAAUGGACACUCUGCAGCACGACGGAGACCAGAUGGAGUGGAAGGAGUCAGCCAGGUGGAUAAAGUUUGAAGAAAAGGUAGAGGAAGGAGGCGAACGCUGGAGCAAGCCCCAUGUGUCCACACUGUCUCUGCACAGCCUCUUCGAGCUGCGGACAUGCUUGCAGACGGGAACGGUGCUGCUGGAUUUGGAUGGUGGCUCCUUACCACAGAUCAUAGAUGAUGUCAUCGAGAAGCAAAUUGAGGACGGCCUCCUGCGGCCUGAGCUCCGGGAGAGGGUCAGCUAUGUCCUCCUGAGAAAACACCGUCACCAAACCAAGAAGCCCAUCCACCGCUCCUUGGUUGACAUUGGAAAGUCCGUCUCCUCCACCACCAAUCGCAGCCCAGCCCGCAGCCCAGCUGCUGGCCCCAGCCUCCACCACUCCACUGAGGACCUGAGGAUGCGGCAAAAUGCCAGUUAUGGCCGGCUGUGUCACGCCCAGAGCAGAAGCAUGAAUGACAUUUCUCGCACCCCAAACACAGACCAGCGGAAAAACAAGUUUAUGAAGAAGAUCCCCAAGGACUCAGAAGCCUCCAAUGUGCUUGUCGGUGAGGUGGACUUCCUUGACCAGCCAUUCAUCGCCUUCGUGCGUCUCAUUCAAUCGGCCAUGUUGGGAGGAGUGACCGAGGUGCCUGUCCCCACCAGAUUUCUGUUCAUACUGCUUGGACCUUCUGGGAGAGCAAAAUCCUACAAUGAAAUUGGCCGUGCCAUUGCAACCCUCAUGGUAGAUGAUCUCUUCAGUGACGUAGCCUAUAAAGCCCGGAAUCGGGAAGAUCUGAUAGCAGGAAUUGAUGAGUUUCUGGAUGAGGUCAUUGUCCUUCCCCCUGGAGAAUGGGACCCAAAUAUCCGGAUUGAGCCUCCCAAGAAAGUGCCCUCUGCUGAUAAGAGGAAAUCCGUGUUUUCGCUGAUGGAGCUCAGACAGAUGAACGGCUCUGCAGGGGGAGGCAGCGGAGCAGCUGCAGGAGGCAGCGCCGGUGGCGGUGGCAGUGGUGGCGGGGCUGGCGGAGGGAGCAGCGGGGAUGAAGGAGAGAUGCCAGCCAUGCACGAAAUCGGGGAAGAACUUAUCUGGACUGGAAGGUUCUUCGGUGGCCUGCGUCUGGAUAUCAAGAGGAAGCUGCCCUGGUUCCUGAGUGACUUCUAUGACGGUUUUCACAUUCAGUCCAUCUCUGCCAUCCUGUUCAUCUACCUCGGCUGUAUCACCAACGCAAUCACCUUUGGUGGGCUUCUGGGGGAUGCCACUGACAAUUAUCAGGGAGUGAUGGAGAGCUUCCUGGGCACUGCUAUGGCCGGCUCCUUGUUCUGCCUCUUCUCGGGACAGCCUCUCAUCAUCCUCAGCAGCACAGGGCCCAUCCUCAUCUUUGAGAAGCUCCUCUUUGACUUCAGCAAAGGCAAUGGCCUGGACUACAUGGAGUUCCGCCUCUGGAUUGGUCUCCACUCAGCCAUCCAGUGCCUUAUCCUGGUGGCCACAGAUGCCAGCUUUAUCAUCAAGUAUAUCACCCGCUUCACCGAAGAGGGCUUCUCCACCCUCAUCAGCUUCAUUUUCAUCUAUGAUGCCAUCAAGAAGAUGAUUAGUGCCUUCAAGUACUAUCCCAUCAACAUGGACUUUAAGCCUGACUCCAUCACCACCUACAAAUGCGAGUGUGUUGCCCCUGACACAGCGAAUACAACCGUGUUCAAUGCUUCAGCCCUGCUGGCACCAAACACCAACACUUCUCUGUACAACCCCCUUAACCUCACAGCACUGGACUGGUCUCUGCUGAGCAAGAAGGAGUGUCUGAACUAUGGUGGGCAGCUGCUUGGGAAUUCCUGCCAAUUCAUCCCAGACCUGGCACUCAUGUCCUUCAUCCUUUUCUUUGGGACGUACUCCAUGACCUUGACCCUGAAGAAGUUCAAAUUCAGCCGCUAUUUCCCUACCAAGGUCCGGGCCCUGGUAGCUGACUUUUCCAUUAUCUUCUCCAUCCUGCUGUUCUGUGGAAUUGAUGCCUGUUUCGGCCUGGCAACCCCUAAGUUGCACGUGCCCAGUGUCAUCAAGCCCACUCGGCCUGACCGAGGCUGGUUCGUGGCUCCCUUCGGGAAGAACCCAUGGUGGGUAUACCUGGCGAGCAUCCUGCCCGCCCUGCUGGUGACCAUCCUGAUCUUCAUGGACCAGCAGAUCACCGCUGUCAUAGUCAACCGGAAGGAGAACAAGCUGAGGAAGGCUGCUGGCUACCAUCUGGACCUGUUCUGGGUGGGCAUCCUCAUGGCCUUGUGCUCCUUCAUGGGGCUCCCCUGGUAUGUGGCGGCCACUGUCAUCUCCAUCGCCCACAUCGACAGCCUCAAGAUGGAGACAGAGACCAGCGCCCCUGGGGAGCAGCCCCAGUUCCUGGGGGUCAGGGAACAAAGAGUGACCGGCACCAUCGUCUUCAUCCUGACUGGCAUCUCCGUCUUCCUGGCUCCUAUCCUGAAGUACAUCCCCCUGCCAGUGCUGUACGGAGUCUUCCUCUACAUGGGCGUGGCCUCCCUGAAUGGCAUCCAGUUCUGGGAGCGCUGCAAGCUCUUCCUAAUGCCCGCCAAGCACCAGCCGGACCACGCCUUCCUGCGGCAUGUGCCCCUGCGCCGGAUCCACCUGUUCACCUUGGUGCAGAUCCUCUGUCUGGCGGUGCUCUGGAUCCUCAAGUCCACGGUGGCUGCCAUCAUUUUCCCAGUCAUGAUCCUGGGCCUUAUCAUCGUUCGAAGACUUCUGGAUCUCAUCUUCUCCCAGCAUGAUCUGGCCUGGAUUGACAACAUCCUCCCAGAGAAGGAGAAGAAGGAGACAGAUAAGAAGAAGAGAAGGAAAGGGGCCCAUGAGGACAGUGAUGAGGAGGAAAAAGAUCUUCCAGUUGGAGUUACUCAUUCUGAUUCUUCCUUCAGUGACUCAGAACUCGACCGAAGCAUCACACUGCACUUCAGAAUUUCCUGUCCGGCUUCACCUGCUUUCAACUACUCACAAAGCCCAGUGUUCAUGGUGCCACAGGUGAAGAUAGAAAUGGAGUCAGACUGUGACUUCACAGACGUGGACAGAUACGGAAGAGAAACGGAUGGCGAGACCACCCUCUGACGCAGCUGGCCCAGGGGCCCAGCUUCCUCUUCGUGGGGGAGGACAUGGCUGCAUCUCACUGUGAGGUCUGGGCCAUCUCCCUGAACUCCUCUCAGCCGCUUUCCUUAUUUGCCAAACAGACGGAGUCAUUCCACUUGAUAGAAAACUGAUCUGUGUGGAUGAAACGUACUACUUACAUGCAGAGCUAUCUCCUUCUUUCCGGAGUUUGGAAAAUAGAAAUAUUUUACUAACAGAAAUGUUAUACCUUAUUUUAAAAUGCAGUCAAGGAUAGAAAUUCUGUUUCUUGAAAUGAAAACAAUGCUUGCCUCCCAAAACAUAGCUAAGAUAAAGGAGGCAAUAGUAAAUUUUUAUUGAAAUAAAUAUCAGUUAGAUUUUUCUUUAAAAGCUUAGAUUUUAAAGUAUCUAGUCUUGAAAAAAAACCAUUAAAAUGCGCAUACUUCAGUAGACAAAAGCUGGAAAAUUUGUUUUGCAACUUGACAUGGUAAGAAAUGCUUACAAGGCCCUGUCUUCUCUUCCCGUGUUGUGCAGUUUUCCAAGGCUCCCAUGUCAAGUCUGCGCCAUCUGCGGGCGCUGUGGGCCCUGUGCCAGCACAGAAGCAUGACUGGAGCUUCCCCAGACUGAAAAGCCAGUUCCCAAAGUCUGCUAGUGAAAGAACCAACACAUGAGAGUGGGCAAAUGUUUUCAAAAUAAAAUUGUUCUUGUUAAAAUGAAACUUCAAGCACAUUACAUCAACAAACUGAUCUCUUAAUAUCACUGGUUUUUCACUUCUUUCACAGAGUAAGGCUUCUUUCUACCUUUGGAUAGGUCCUUCCUCUAAGUUUUCAAUGGUCUUGCUCCCAAAGUCAAACUCCCAUCCACAUGACCCCUGCAUGUUAGGCAGAGCUAAUGUAAAAUAUCAGAUUAUAACUUUGUAGUAUUAGAUUAGUUCUUUAAAGGAAUGAUUGGAAGCAAGCCGGGUAGAUUAAUGACUUAAUAAAGAGGCAAACUCUGUUCUCAUGAAACUUAAUAUCAGUCUAUCUUCUAUCCCCACUGAAUGCCAACUUUGUUUAUUUAACACCUACUCUGUGCCUGACAGCCACAACGCAUCUGACAUUUACUUUGUCUCCGGAACAACUAUGGAUUUGAAUCUUGAGUAAAUCACUUUGGUUAGUUACUGUAUUUACUCAAAAUGACCAAUGUAGGUGCUUUUUUCUUUAUUCUUUACUAAUUUUUAAAGACAAAUGACAUGAGAUCAUUAACACUUUGGGUACUAGGAAAGCGAAUUGCCUCUGCGAUUCUCAGUGCUUCAUACAGUGCCUGGUGCAUAGAAAACUCUCUUAAGUGUUUAUUAAAUUCAAUUUCAGGGCUCCCUUCCAAGGGAUACUGCCAAGAGGUAAAGCUCUAAACCUCUCCCACCUGUAGUGAUUGCAACAAAAGGACUUAGCUGCUCAACUAAUCCAGAACCAUCGCCUGAACUUAAAUAUAAAUUCUGUAUCUUUGGCUACACCAAUCCUGGGAAAUCUAACAAUCUACCCUUAACAUUUCAGGUUUAGAACUUGGCUGAUUUCCAAUAGCACUUUGUCCAAAUUAAAUGGUAGGAACAUUAUGGAUUCUGGAGUAAAUGUGCUUGAUUAAUCAAACAAGUUGGAAACUAUGAUGUUAAUUUUUUGUUGUUAUAAAUUGAUCACUGUAAUUUUCACCCAAUAUGUCACAUUUUGUGUAUACAUGAACAUUUUAAUUUUGACAGCUUUUAACAAGUUGACCUAUUAUUACUUCUCCAUGAAGUAGGUCAGACCUUCUUUCUACUUGUAACUAUAACUUGAUAAAACUUAAUCCUGUCUGCUCA